AUGACUGAAGAAACUCCGGAAGCCUUUCAGCAUGUCAGCAGGAAGUCUGGCCUACAGAUCUGGACCAUCAAUAACAUGAAGAUGGUUCCUGUACCGGACCAAGCUUUCGGGAACUUCUUUGAGGGAGAUUGCUACAUUGUCCUCUAUAGGAGUCAGGGCUCCAGUAACUCCAUGGACGUCCACUACUGGAUCGGUAGCUCCUCCUCUCAGGAUGAGCAGGGAGCGGCGGCCAUCUUAGUGACUCAGCUGGAUGAGUUCCUGGGGGGCAGUCCUGUCCAGCACAGGGAGGUACAGGCUGCAGAGUCCUCCAAGUUCAGGAGCUACUUCAGGAACGGACUCAU